AUGUCAAAUUUGAUGUAUGGCUCGGAAAUGCUCGCCUCAGCCAUACCUCAAGCUAUACCUCCAGAAUCGCAAACUAUAUUAGAAACAGUGGCCAAAGGAGGAGAGGCCGACAAUGAGGGCCAACACAUCCUAUCGUUUGCUAUCGCAGACGCCGGUGAUUGUAGUCGUGGAGACUUGACUCCAGUCACCAAUUGUUGUCUUAAGAAGAGGUGUUACGAAAAUGUUUUGCCCAAAACACAGAACGAUCUCUUCAACUGCUUUUGGCGAAUCGGAGACUACGCUAAACAGAACUACUUCUUAGUGGGACUAAUGGCCGCUCAAACUCCUAAACAGGUAACGAGUCGUCCUCUCAAGAAGAAUAAGAGCUUGAGUUGGAAGUAUUGGGUUGACAUCCGGGGCCGCAAAGUGCAGGUCUGUAAGGGUUUCUUUCUGGCCGUGUAUGGCGUGUCCGACAAAAGG